AUGUCACUGUCAGAUUCCAUGGUGACCUCUACAGUAAAGGAAUCGAUAGGAACACCCAAAACCACAGUUUUAUUCAGCUUGGCCACUUCAGCUGAGACCCCACAACUGAGUCAAACUCCACUCUCAUCAACACUGGACACUGUCAGUGACACAAACAAACCUUUAUCUGUGACAACUAUGACAGUUACAAUCACCUCUUCACCAACCACAGCCACCACCCCAAGGACCACUGUUCUAGGCACAGCAACAACUGAGACUCAGGAAAAGGACACUGCAACUGUACCCCCAUCCCCAGCAACAACUCCCCCAACCAGCAAGCUACCAGACACACACCACAGCACAUUCACACAGGCACCUUCCCAGCCAGCACAGACGGCUUCUGAUGUUAGCAUGACACCAGAGACAACCGCAUCACCACCAAAGUCCACCAACACUGGAAUGGAAUCAUCAGUGUCCCCAAGCCCCGGGGACACAGAUAGGACCAUGACCACACCUUCCAUGGCAUUAAGCACACAGGAGGAAGCUAUCCCAUCAUCUGGAACUGGGACACCCACUGAUCCUGAGAAGUCAGCUUUAACCUCACCCUCAUCAACACUGGACACUGUCAGUGACACAAACAAACCUUUAUCUGUGACAACUAUGACAGUUACAAUCACCUCUUCACCAACCACAGCCACCACCCCAAGGACCACUGUUCUAGGCACAGCAACAACUGAGACUCAGGAAAAGGACACUGCAACUGUACCCCCAUCCCUAGCAACAACCCCCACAACCAGCAAGCCACCAGACACACACCACAGCACAUUCACACAGGCACCUUCCCAGCCAGCACAGAUGGCUUCUGAUGUUAGCAUGACUCCAGAGACAACCGCAUCACCACCAAAGUCCUCAGAGACAACCAAAUCCUCCACUAUGAUUGGGACCAAUCCAGCACCCCCGAACUCUAGCCAGAGUAGUGGUCUGGAUGGUGGUGCCUGUGCUUUGGAUGAGUAUCCAGACAACACCAGAGGUUGUAUGUGCAAUAAUAGCUACUAUUCCCACUUGGAACUAUCCAGGGAUAUAGGGAUCCUGCGCUGCAGACCACAGGACAUUGAGGUGGUUCUGAGGAGCUGCUUCCUGAAGACUCAUCACUGGGUCCUGAAGGACGAUGCCUUCUCCAGGUGUUUCAGUAUCAAUACCAUAGAACAGGGUCGCCGGGUCCAGGUCUUCCAGUUGGAGAAGAAGGAAGGGACUUGUGGACUCCACAUCUCUACCAACGUCAGCCAUGCCCUGCACUCUCUGGACGUGCACUUUGAACAGGCUCUCCCUGGCUCUCCCAACACUGGCUUCAGAGUGCUCCACUUCAGCUGCGCAUACCCCCUGGUGGUGAAUGUCAGCAAGCCUGUCUCCUACCAGGAGGCCUCCAUUCCCACCAUCCACAUCCCCAGUACGGGAGAGACCGUCAUCACCCUGAGCAUCUUCACAGACUCUCAUCUCUCUGCUCCACUCAAGAACAGUACAGCUCCUGUGGGCAUGCCCCUCUAUGUGGUCCUCAAGUCCACCAACAGUGAUCCUAACCGAUUUGCCCUGGUGGCUAAUGAGGUUUUUGCCAAUACUGAUCCCUCCAACACAGUGACUAAAGCCACAUAUCAUUUUGUGAAGGGAAGCUGUCCAGUCCAGGGCCGGCUGCUCCAGGACUUGAGCAACGGGGCCUCCACACAAGUGACACUGGCCUUCACUCUGUCACGAUUCUUGAAUAGUGACACACUCUACCUACAUGCCCAAGUGACCCUCUGUGACAAGCAAGCGUCCCGCCCAUGCCAACCGUCUUGCAGUGGGAAGAAUCCUCGGAGGAGAAAUUCACCCUGGGCCUCUCGGGCUAAGACCCGUCUGGAAGAUGGUGAUAGCAAGUGGAUCGUAUUUGGACCUCUCCGAAUAAGCGCACCCAGAGCCUCCAGCAGCAGGAGCGGAGCAGGAGCCUGGAUGUCCAUCUUGCUCUUGAUGGUGAUAGGCUGGAUGCUGGACUAA